AUGGAUCUAACAGUCAAUAUCAAAUGUAAAGUAUGUGGGUCGGAGGAAUCAAAGUCAAUCGAAGAAUUUAGAUUACAUGGUAUCAAUCAUUGUAUACCAUCGGUUGCUAGGUACUUUGGUGUAACUGAAUUUGAUAAUCUACAUCAACUAUUACUGUUAGAUAAACAUAAUCAAAAACAACAACAAAAACAACGACAACAUAAAGAUAGAGGUAUUCAUCAGUUGCAAAAAGAAAAAGUAUUACAACAUGAUGAUGAUGAUGAUGGAAUGGAUCGAUUGGAUGAAGAGAUGAGAUAUUUUCUACAACAACAACAACAAGAACAACAAUUAGAGUUUGAAGAAGAAAAAGUUGAAGAGGAGGAGAAUCAAAAAGUAAAAAAGAGAAAGAGAUAUUAUCAACACUGUAAUAAUAAUGAUGAAGUUAAAAUAUCUUCAAUUAAUCAUACUCAUCCAACAACAAUAUUAAAUACAAUAAUGUUUGAAUCAAAACCUAAAAGUUUAGUUGGACGUAACAAAUACAUUAGAAUAACGAUAUUCAAACAUGUAAAAGAGUUAAACAAGGCUGAAAACAUUAGAUCUAUUUGUCAGAUAUCCGAUUUACAUGCUUUGAUCAAAAAAAAAAGAAGGUCUGGAAAGAUAUUGACAUGGGAAGAUAUCAAAGAGUAUCUACCACCUCGACACCUUGUACCAUUCCAAACAAGACUCGUAAUCAUUAAUGAAUAUUGUAAAAUGAAAAGUUCAACUGUGGAAACACUCCAACUCCUCUUGGAAUGGUCACCAGACUAUGAUCCUCGAGAGCAAGGCUGCUAUUAUAGAGUAGAUGUAGGCCGCGAACUAGUCAACCAAGGGAAAACCAAAUUAUUGAAAUUCCUAUUUGACAGAUAUCCUGGUCUAGAGGAAGUACUACAUGAACGUGAAUAUGAUGAAAUGGGUAGUCAAUUUGAUCAAGAGCUAAUAGAGUAUUAUAUACAACAACAACGCGAUGAAGAAAUGGAUCAUCAGCUGUCAUAUUAUCCACAACAACAACAAAUUCAGUUGGAAGAAGAGAUUAGAAUUUUUAAACAACAAUUUGAAGAAAGACAAAGAGAAGAAGAAGAAGAAGAAAAGGGUGAUAAAAAUCAACAAAAAGAAGAGAACCAAAAAAAUAUAUUAAAAAAGAAAAAGAUAGAUCAUCAACACUGUAAUAAUAAUAAUAAUGAUGACGAUAAAAUAUCUUCUAUUACUAUUAAUCAUCCAACUACUCAAACAACCCCAACAACUUUAACUACAAUUGAAUCAAAACUUAAAAGUUUGGUUGGAAAUAACAUGGUCACUAGAGUUUUAAUAUUCAAACACGUAAAAGAGUUAAACAGUAAAGAAAAGCUUAGAUCUAAAUCUCUUAUCGCUGAUUUACUAGAAUUGUUACUCCAACAACGUUUUAGAUUGAUACCAAAGGAUUCAUUGACAUGGGAUGUUAUCAAAGAGUAUCUACCACCUCCACGCCAUAUACCAUUUCAAACAAGACUCGAUAUCGUUGAUAAAUGUUGUACACUUGAAAAUGCAACAGUUGAAACACUCCAACAUCUCUUGGAAUGGUCACCAGACUAUGACCCUCGAAAACAAAAAGACUUUAAGCAUCAACAUUUACUUUACGAUCUGGCCUGCCUUGGGAAUACCAAAUUAUUGAAAUUCAUUGUUGACAGAUAUCCUGGUCUAGAGAAAACUCUUGGUGUGAGUGCAUGUGCCAACAAACAGUCGGCUAUCGAUUUUGCAUCUGAACAAGGAGACUUGGAGAUGGUUGAACUAUUAUUAACAUUAAAAGAUGAACCCACUCAUGCAAUCGAAUUGGCUCAAAGUAAUGGUCAUAUUGAAAUUGUCCAACUAUUAGAACUAUAUCAAACAAUCGAUCGAUAUUGCUCAUCCGAUUAA